CGGUAAGUGGUCUUGGCUUUGGAAAGUGCCGAGUGUGCUUGAGAAUUGUUUCUUUGCUGAUGAGCGUCAACGCAGCAUUUUCAAACAUAGUGAGUGACAUAGACGCCAAAGAUGCAAUUAGAAAUACUGCGGACCAACCUGUCUUCACCAACAAUAUCCAGAGGUUCGACCGAAAUACAGAAAGCAGUACCAGUAGAGGGGGAGAAGUGAAGGCUUUGAAGAAGGUCUUUCUGUCUAACAGAUCGAUCACGUGCAAUGACGGCUCACAGGCUGGAUUUUAUCUGAGAAAAUCACACUCUAGCAAGAUGUGGAUAAUUUUUUUAGAAGGUGGAUGGUAUUGCUUCGACCACCAUAGCUGUAGAAAUAGAUGGUUAAAGCAACGGCACUAUAUGACGUCAUCACAUUGGCCUGAUACCAGAGACGUUGGAGGCAUGUUAUCGCCACUUGCCAGCGAGAACCCUUUCUGGUACAACGCCAACCACGUGUUCGUCGCCUACUGCACCAGCGAUUCCUGGAGCGGUUCCAGACCGCCUGCAGCUGGGCAACCUUUUGGAUUUAUGGGCAGCUUGGUGGUUGGUCAAGUAAUCAGAGAUCUGCUUCCACUGGGCUUAGAGAAUGGGACUGAAGUGUUGUUGGCUGGGAGUAGCGCUGGAGGAGUAGGAGUAAUGCUUAACCUGGACUUCGUCAAGGAACUGCUCCACGACGAAUUGCAGAUGCGUUACAUUGCCGUGCGAGGAAUAACGGAUUCUGGUUGGUUCCUGGAUAGAACACCCUACGCACCCACCAAUAAGCCAACAGUAGACGCAAUCAAGAAGGGCAUGGAAAUGUGGAGGGGGAAAGUGCCCAGGAAAUGCAGAGAAGAAUAUCUGAUGGAACCGUGGAGGUGCUACUUUGGAUACAGGAUAUAUCCCACUUUGAAAAGUGACUUAUUUGUCUUCCAAUGGCUAUUCGACGAGGCACAAAUCAGCGCGGAUAACGUUGGAGCUCCAGUGACCAAGCAGCAAUGGGAUUACAUCCAUGAAAUGGGUGACGCGUUGAAGCAUAGCUUUCAAAACGUUUCAGCUGUCUUCGCACCAUCAUGCGUCUCUCAUGCUGUGCUUACAAAGCGGGAUUGGCAACAGGUGAAGAUCGAUGACGUUUCGAUAGCGGAAGCAUUACACUGCUGGGAACAGAAAACGAAGAGACGGAGGUUAAAACGAUUGAAAAAUGCAGCCAAAAGAAAGAGGAAUAGAGUUGCUGGUGGGAAAAACAAAAGAGCUGAAACAGUAGAAACAGUGAGUAGAGGUGGCAACAAAAGGAGACAACGAAACAACAAGAAAGGACGACGGAAGCAUGAUCGCAACCGGCAGCAACUAACUCACAACCGUCCCACGUCCCUUCAUCCAAAGCCAGGUGAAAAGCGUCCCUCCAGGACGCUACCUGGAGCUCAAAAGCCACACCACAGGUGCGCGCACAGACGCCUGGAGAGAUGCUCAUGGCCCCAGUGUAAUCAUUCAUGCCCAAGGUUGCACGAUCCCUUCACAGGAGAAGAGAUGGAUUUCAUUCAGCUACUGAAGUCUUUCGGAUUGGACAUGGACAGUGUCGCAAAUGCACUGGGAAUCGACAUACAAACGCUCAACAACAUGGACCACGGAGAACUGCUCAAUAUGCUUACGCAACAGUCGACGUAGGCUGUGAAGGAAUAAAGGUUGCUCUUGGAAAUAAUUUGCGAUUCAAAUCAAAUCCGUGAAAUUGAAUAAUUCUCAAGAUAGAGGCAAUAUUGCCAAAUCGCGUUGUUCAAAUUAAAGGACAAUUGGAAUCAUGGUCUUUCAGGGAGCAAACUUAACAUUGCCAUUCUAAACAAAAUGGGAUACGGUGAUGAGUUUUUUUUGGGGAGGAGGGAAUAAUGAAAAUUAAGUACAUACUUAGAUUCAUGGUUAUGCACGAGAAAGAGAGAGAGAGAGAGACGGGGGAGAGGAAAAAACCAAACUAAUACUAAUAGUGAAUUUCUUGCAGAAUAUGUCCUUCUCCAAGGUUUAAUCUAAAUAAAUGCUAAAAUUCAUCAAAAUUGGUUAAGCCAUUUGGCGUGACAGCCCGUAAACUCUUUCACCAAGGUCACAAAAUCCAUUUUCAGUUUAUGUCUACUCUAUCUUUGGAGUAUUGCCAAUUUCAGGGAUCUAUCAGGAUUUUCAAAUAGACGUGUGAGUAUCUUUUAACCCCCACAUUACGGCCCUGUCACAAAAUGCGUUCUUAACUGACAUCUACUACCUAUAAACUACCUCUCUGACAAAUUACCUCAAGUAGAGAAACAAAGGACGUUCGUGAAAACUUGUAAAUACAUCUAUUUCUCUUUAAUCUGGCCCUGUCGCAAAAUCAGUUCCUCGCUGAAAUGUCCUGUCUAUAAGUUUGUUCAUACUCAUGUUUACAGAUCAAAGAUUUUCGAGAUUUCGUGAUUAACACUUUUGCAUUUAUAUCUGCUCGUAAGCCCUCUUAACCCAGCCCUGUCGCGUUUCAGUUCUGAGCUGAUAUAUGUCCUGUCCUUAAAGUACCACUCUGCUGAAGUUCAUGUUAAUAGAUUACAUAGUUUUCGACAGAAAUUUAUGAAAAUUUGACUUGAUGGAACCAUUGUAACCGACUCAAAGGCCAAGGCUGAAGCGAUUGCCAAGAUCUUUGCUGCCAACUCCACCAUGGGCGUCCCCUCCAACGCCCAAGUGCCGUCGAUUCAUAGGGUUCGCUACACUAUGCGGGAAGUAUCAUCAGGUAUAAGACCAUAAGACGGGUGCUCUUGUCGCUUGACAUCAACAAAGCUUCAAGUCCGGACUUGAUUCCUGCCAUUGUACUGAAGAGGUGCGUAGCGGAGCUUGCUCCAGUUCUCUCGCGUCUCUUAUGAAUCCGGUACCUUCCCAGAAACCUGUAAAUUUUCACAUGUCCAAGCCAUCCCAAAAAAAGGCAUAUAGCUCCGCUUUCUGAUAUAAGCAAGGUGAUUGAGAGGUGCAUGAAUCGCGAGGUUUUGAACUACCUCGAACGUCACGGCUUGAUUAGCGACAGGCAGUAUGGUUUCCGGCACAAACGACCCACAGGGGACCUCUUAGCUUACGCCACGCAAUUGUGGAGUUAACUCAUCCAGCCUUAUGGUGAGGCUCAUGUCGUUGCUCUUGAUAUGGCAAAAGCGUUCGAUCAGCUGUGGCACGCCGCCUUCUUAUGCAAACUUCCAUUCUAUAGCCUGCCAGAGAAGCUUUGCAGAUGGGUGGCUAACUUUCUCUCUAGCCGCAAGAUAUCCGUCGUAAUUGACGGGUUCUCCUUUUAAUGCCACAAUGUCAACGCGGGUCUUCCCCAGGAAUCGGUCUUGGCUCCGACACUGUUCUUCUUACAUAUCAGCGUCCGCCUUUCAUGUACGAUUAACCCAAACCACAGCUUUGCUGAUGACAGCAAUCUUGUACAGUUUAAUGCUUCCAAAACACAGUACUGUACUUGGAUGAACAAAAUGCGUCCUAGCGCUCAUGCGGAUUUGAUGGAUGGCCGAGUUCUGCCAAAGAGCCGUUCAUUUCGGUUUGUCGGAGUCCAGAUCACCGAGGACUUGAUCUGGCACGAACACAUCUCGUCAAUAGUGGCAGCUGCUGGGAAAAAGCUAUACUAUUUGUGUUGGGGCUAAGCAGUUUUUUUCUCCGCAUGACCUUCUCACUUUAUACAAGGCCAAGAUAAGGCCUAGCCUCGAGUAUUGCUCACACGUUUGGGGUCCUGCCGCCCCGCCUACAUUAUUUAUGCUUGGUGCUGUUCAGAGAAGGGCUGUCCGAUUGAUCGAUGACUCUUCUCUAACAGACAGUCUCGGGACCCUUUCGCACCGGCGGGUCGCCGGCGAUCUAGCUAUGUUCUACCGCUACACCAACGGGCUUUGUUCCUCAUAGUUCUCUUUCAUGAUGCCGUCGCGCGAUGUGAAUGCUAGACAGACCCGACUGAUUUUGGCCUCCCAUCCUAACCGUGUGAACUUCGUACAUCCAGAACUGACCGAUGCGACCGCUCCUUUGUCCCGAGGGUGUCGAGAUUGUGGAACAAUCUACAAGAGGAAGCUUUUCUCAGUUCUGCUAACCUUAAGCAUUUGAAAAAUCGGAUUAACAAAAUUUCUUUGGGAUCCUCAUAGCAGUUGCGGUGCCUUGGCUUUUGCCUGCCCGGCUGCUUCGGUAUAAAAAAUAUACAAGACCCAUAUUUGUUUCUCCCCCUAUUUCAACCCCUCAAGUUUUAUUUUGGCAACAAAACUUAGCCUAUGUCCGUCUCCUAGGUUUAAUCUAUAUCUAUGCUAAAAUCCGUUAACAUCGGUUUAGCCGUGUUGACGUGAAAACGGAACAAUCAAACGUACAUAAAACCAUACAUACAAACAUACAUACAAAAUACAUACAACAUACAUACAAACAUACAUACAAACAAUACAUACAAACAUACAUACAAACAUACAUACAAACAUGCA